AUGAUGGACGAUCUCACCGAAGCCAGCAGCGACUACGCAGCCAACUCGUGGGUCACCUGGUUCCUUUCUACGAAGGGCAACGAGUACUUUUGCGAAGUCGAUGAAGACUACAUCCUCGAUCGCUUCAACCUCACUGGCCUCAACGCCGAAGUGCAGCACUACCCUCAGGCGCUUGAUCUCAUCACCGACUCGCUCGAAGAUGACCUCUCGGACUCGAUCCGCGAUUCGGUCGAGGCGCAGGCAAAGCUACUCUACGGCCUCGUACAUGCACGCUACGUUAUCACCACACGUGGUUUGGCAAAGAUGCUGGAAAAGUACAAGCGCGCCGACUUCGGAAGAUGCCCGCGCGUUCUUUGCUAUCAACAGCCUUUGCUACCAGUCGGGCUCAGCGACAAUCCGUUCCAGAAGGCGGUCAAACUGUUUUGCCCACGAUGCGAAGAUAUCUACUCGCCUAAGAGCAGUCGGCACGGUACCAUCGAUGGCGCCUUCUUCGGCAGCACGUUCCCGCACAUGCUCUUUAUGGUGUAUCCCAACGUUUUGCCCUCCAAAUCGCCGGCCUCGCAAUCGCCCUUUUUGCUCAACUCGUCGACCUCACAGCACCGCGCCGACGCACGCUCGAAUGCCGAACAGGCCGAUGUCGACGACUCGAUCAAUGUACUCCCCCCCGGCUACGGCGACGGCGCAGGCAAUGGCUCGUCGCUGCCCGGCGCAUCCUCGUCAGCGGUAGCAGCUGCUGCGGGUAGCGCCGCAGCCGGUGGCGGCCCCACUACGACUCCUGCCAAUUCGACAGCCGCUGCUGCCGCUAAAGUGGAGCGCUACCGACCGCGCAUCUUUGGUUUCCCCGUACACGAGACGAGCAAGUUGCAGAAAUGGCAGGACAAGAUGCGCGAUCAGCAGAUCGAGCGUCUAGAAAAGGUAGAGGCUGCCGGGGGUAUUGCUACGCCAGGUGCAGCUGCGUUUUUCCGCAAGGCUGCUCCUGUUGCAGCAACACCGUCACAGGCAGCUGCGUCAUCGACAGUACCAUCAACGGCAACAGCAACAGCGACAACAUCAGCAGCAGCAGCAGCAACGGCGGCGGCGGUACCACCAGCUCACGCGGCGGCGCCAUCACAGCCAGCAGCGGCGACGACCAGCACGCCAUUGCAGGCUACUCCCACCACCGCACGCAGCUAG